GGAAGUAGUGUAGCUCGAGAGAGUCCCUCGGGAGGCUGGAUUAGCCACAAGUUGUGGUGAACCAGGGUAAAUCUUGGUGUGCUCCCUUUACGCUUUCUACGCUCUUUAUCUUUCACGUUCUUAAUUUUUUAUUCCUGCGAUUUCUACGAUCAAACGCUAUUCACCCCCCCCCCUCUAGCGUUGGUCACUUAUUCUAACAAUUGGUAUCAGAGCCUAACUCGCGUCCAAACUUAACCGUUUGAGAGAAAAGAGAUCAUGGGUUCUACUUCUAGAAAUUUGUAUGCAGGAAUAGGUGAAGGGCAAUCAACCACACGGCCACCUCUUUUUGAUGGAACCAAUUAUACAUAUUGGAAAGAACGAAUGAGAAUCUAUAUUCGUUCCACGAACUUCCAAUUAUGGUUGGUUAUCAAAAACGGGGAAGAGGUGCCGAUGAAGAAAGUCGGAGAUAAGUUAAUCCCCAAGAACGAGGACGAAUUUGAUGCCGAAGACAUCAAGAAAGUGAAGAAUUAUGCAAAGGCAAUAAACAUGCUCUACUGCGCGGUCAAUCCCGAUGACUAUCGUAAAAUCUCUUGCUGCACAACCGCCAAGGAGAUGUGGGAUAAGCUCGAGGUAACAUACGAAGGCACGGACCAAGUUCGGGAAGUGAAAAUUGACUUCCUAACGCAGGAGUACGAGAUGUUCAGGAUGAAACCAGGCGAGAAGAUCGACGACAUGUUCAAUCGCUUCUCAAAGAUCAUCAAUGAUCUUCACGCCCUAAAGAAGACGUAUGCCAACAAGGACCUCAUGAGGAAAAUCCUGCGGAGCCUCACUCCCGAAUGGAGAUCAAAGGCCGACGCCAUCUAUGAAUCCAUUGGAGUCUCCAAUGUAACCAUCGACGGAUUAAGAGGUAACCUUAAAACUUAUGAAUCUACAAUUCUAACCCCAUCUUUGGAUGAACAAAAGAAUAAAGGGAUAGCGCUCAAAGCAACCAAGGAAAUGGUUGGAGAGAAAUCAAGUGAUGAAGACAACGAGUUUGACCUCAUCAUCAAGAAAUUCCACAAAUUUAUGAAGAAAGAGCACGAGCGCAAAGGAAAGAAGCACGACGAUUCCCCGAAGUGCUAUGGCUGUGGCGAGAUUGGCCACAUCAAACCGAGAUGUCCAAAAGCCAAGAACGCUAAGGACAAACAUGGGCUCAAGAAGCAACGAGCAUACAUCUCUUGGGGAGGAGACUCUGGCGACGAGUCAACCGACCAAGAUGAGGAUGAAGCUGCCAACCUCUAUCUCAUGGCACACGAAGACCAAACCGACGAUGUACAGGAGGGAAGCUUGUUUCCCUUGGUUGUACGAAGGAAAGCUAUUUUCCUUCGGGUUGAAGUCUUGGAGUGCGGUAUCUCCGAGCAAGUGUUGUUGAGGCUUGUGGGACUCGAGUUCUCAAGUUGUAACGGUUUGUUAAGCACCCGUAAGCUUAACGGAAGUAGUGUAGCUCGAGAGAGUCUCUCGGGAGGCUGGAUUAGCCACAAGUUGUGGUGAACCAGGGUAAAUCUUGGUGUGCUCCCUUUACGCUUUCUACGCUCUUUAUCUUUCACGUUCUUAAUUUUUUAUUCCUGCGAUUUCUACGAUCAAACGCUAUUCAC